ACAGUAUGACAUUUACAUAACUUUAUAUUUAUUUUGGAAAUUUCCAUUAAAUUCUUUAUUUAUAUAUAUAUAUAUAAAAAUAAUAAUAAUAUUUUUUUUGUAUUAUAUUGAUUACAAUUAAGGAUAUAAAUAAAACUCUUCAACUUAUUAAAAUAAGCGCGCAGAAGUAUCUUAAAUAUCGAACUUUCCUGUCAUUAAUUUGUAAAUAUAGGUAUGAAGAACUACACAAUUGUGUAAUAAUUCAAUUACAAUUUCGUCAAUUGCCUUUGUCUGACCAUAUAAAUGUGUAGACGAAACAAAACUUUCGUAUAAAUACUUAUAUGUUAUCGCAACAAUAUCGUACUUUUAGAAUAUUGUACUUAAAAAGUUUUACUGUAUAAAUUUGAUAAUUUGUGUAACACUUCAAAAUGUUUAUUGUUGGUCUGACUGGUGGCCUCGCCACAGGGAAAAGUACAGUGCUGUCUAUAUUUCGAGAUAAUGGUAUAGCAGUUAUAGAUGCUGAUGAAGUUGCUAGAAAAGUUCUAGAGCCGGGUACAAAGGCUUGGAUGGAAUUGAGAGAAUACUUUGGUGAUCAAGUUCUAUGUGGUGAUGGUAAAGUGAAUCGUGUUAGACUAGGUGAAAUAGUAUUUGAUGAUAAUGAAAAGAGGCGUAAACUGAAUGCAAUCACACACCCAAGAAUACAAAGCGCUAUGAUGAAAAUGGCUAUAUCAUAUUUCUUCUCAGGUCAUAGAUAUAUUGUGAUGGAAGUACCACUGUUAUUUGAAACAGGAAAAAUGUUGACAUUCAUGCACAAAAUUAUUACUGUUGUUUGUGAGGAUCAUCAGCAAUUAGAGAGGUUAUGUAAACGCAGUGAUUUUACUGAAGUGGUGGCUAAGAAGAGAAUAAACUGCCAAAUGCCUCUCGAGCAAAAAGUUGCAAAGUCUCAUUUUGUGAUAGAUAACUCUGGAGAUAUCUUGAACACCAGACAUCAAACAGAGAGUAUUAUUAGAGUGCUUAGAAGAUCAAAAUUUACUUGGUACUUUCGGGCCAUAUUUUUAAUUGCAUUUUUAUCAUUAAUAUUUGGUGUAGCACAUAUAGCAAGUAAUUUUUUGAAUAGCAAGAUAUAAUAUUCUUUAACAUUCCUCUACUUUGUAAUAGUUAUAAUGAUUUGUCUCACAAAUACAUGUCACAAAUAUUUUAUUUUUAGUAAGGCCUGUGCAGAUGAGGGAUAGUUGUAGUCCAAGUAGCAUAUGUAUAGGUAUAUGUAUAGGGACUAACAAAAAAGGUUUGCGCACUGUGUGUCUGACAAAAAAGGGAAUUACUUUCUAGGCAAAUUGUCCCAUGUCUGCAUAGGCUUUUAGAGAUAAAAUCUAGGUAUUGUAUAAUAUUUACAUGUACAAUUAUCUUUACUAUUAUUAAUUAUCCAAGCCUUAUGAUUUGCUCAAAUUUUGAAGCUAGAUAUUAAGGUAUAAUUCUCUGUAUAUACGAUAUCUUUGUUAUUUUAUAUUUGGUAGUAAUUUAUUAGCAAUAAUUAGUAUUAGUAUUACUUAUACAAUUUUUGUUUUACUAAAUUUGUAUUAAAAACAUUUCUGUCUUGUACAUUAAUUAAUUGAAUAUUUUAAAUAGGUAUAAAUAAGUGCAGAUACUUAUAAUAAAAAUCUGCAUUUAUUUUACCUAUGUAGAUUCUGCGACGUUUUACAAUCCCUUUUGGCUCGCUGUUUGCAUUAUGAGUAGUUAAUCUUUAAUACGUAGUACCUACAUACCUAGUAGUAGCAUUAUACACUGUCGAUGUACGGAGUUUCUGAGAUCGUCGCAACCGGAGCUAGUGUCCGGAUCAAAGCCACCGAAAUGCAACCAAAAGUAGCUAGUCGUUGUUGCUAAAAGCAUUGCGUCUGCUUAGACUCAUGUUACAGUGAUAAGAAUUGUAAUACAUUUUUAAUAAUUAACUUAUAAAGUUUUGCGUUUAGUAUACAUUAAAUUGCUAGAAUCUUCUGACAUCUAUUAACAGUGCAUUUUAAAUGUUGAUACGUUUUAGAAGUUUAAGGUAUCAAUGAGAGGUUAAUAAUAGUUUGGAGUCACUAAUACUGUUUUAUAAUAUUGAUUUUGUUUAAUUUUUGUAUUAUAUUAUAUUUUUACAUGCGUGCCAAGCUUAGAACAUUUUAUGUUUGAAACCCCUUGUACAUGAACAUUUGUAACUACUUUGUCACAUUUACAAUUUAUCAGUAGUGAUUUUGAAUAUCUAUGGAAAUGUCACUAAUAUUAUUGUGCUAUGAUGCUCUAGGGUUUACCAUACCAAAUAGAGGAUUAUCUUAAUUUCUAUGUAUACUUACAUUUUAUUUAAGUAAUUAAAAAUGAGAGCGAUUCUAGGGUACCAUUUUUGUAAACUAAUUUCUAAAAUUAAAAUGUCAGUUUGUUACCAUAGUUAUAUUUUUAUUGUAAGAACCAAUAUAAACAUUUUCUAACAGGUGUUUAUCAAAAUUAUUAUAAAUUUAAUUCACUAUACUGCAAAGAUUAUUUGACCAAAAUUAUCAAAUUAAAAUAUAAGGUUAAGAGGUAGAUUUAAAGUAAUUAGUACUUCAUAAUAAGCCCCAAUGUGUUAUUACUUAUUGUAGUUAUUGCAUGUUUCUUUAGAGGUUCUAUUUAAUAUUGAUGUUUUUAAAAUUGGGUAUAUUUGAAAAGAAAUAGAGACGCGUUGCUUAUAAUUAGAAUAUAUUUUCUUUUUUUAUGGGCUUAAAUAUAUUUUAUUAUGAUUCAAUUUAUGGCUACAUUUGUAAACAAAAUCGGCCUUAGCUUAGUUGGUGACCUUUUUGACAAGUGUUUCCAGCGCCCCCGGAUCACAAUAAGGUCAUUAUUUUUCAAAUGUUAAAAGCUCCGACAGCUCUCUUUACUUCGCAUUAGGAUCCAGGUUGUUCAAUUUUAUAACGCUCUCUUAUAUACAUGUAUAUUAGGGCGCUCCUUUUAGAUCUCGGCGUCCUUGGAUACCGCCCGACCGGCUCCUAAUUCCAAGGCCGGUACUGUUUUCUUUUUAACUAGAAUAAGGCCUACGGAAUCGGCGUGCACAUUUGAGAUGAAUCAUUAAAUUGGAUGAAAUAAGUUGUGUAUCUAUGAUGGUGAUGGUAAAGGUUAUUGGCAUUCCCAAGUUAUAUAAAUAAUUGUACGAUUGGUAUUAUUAUUAUUAUUAUUAUAUGGAAAUAAGAUUUUAAUAAUUGUAUGAUUAUGAUGAUAAUUCUAUAAAUUGUAAAACUAUUUCUAUAACAAAUUGCAAUUAAGCGAAAUGUAAACAAAUAAAUAUGCAAUUGAUUCUAA